AUGUCCAUCUGGAACCCGGACAACAUUCGCGACGUCGCCGAAUCGGUCGGAAUCACCAAUCUCAGCCAUGACGUGACCGAAAACCUCGCUCGCGACGUCGAAUACCGCGUUGCGCAGGUCUUAGAGGAGGCGCUCAAGUCAAUGCGCCACGCAAAGCGAACCGUUCUUACCACCUCCGAUAUCUCCCUCGCCCUUCGGACACUGGAUGUAGAGCCCCUGUACGGCUACGAAUCUUUGCGGCCCCUUCGUUUCGGAGAAGCUUCGCUGGGCCCCGGCCAGCCAUUAUUCUAUGUCGAAGAUGAGGAGGUGGAUUUCGAGAAGUUGAUCAACGCCCCACUGCCCAAGGUCCCGCGCGAGGUCUCAUUUACUGGCCAUUGGCUUGCCGUGGAAGGCGUCCAACCAUCCAUCCCCCAAAACCCAACCGCAGCCGACUCCCGCAACCUUGAGCUGGCCUCGAAGGGCCCGAAUACCAAUUCUACAUUAGCUGCUAUGAGCGGGACUGGCGACCCAUCAGUAAAGCCGCUGGUUAAACAUGUGCUGUCCAAGGAACUGCAGCUGUAUUUUGAGAAGGUCUGCAGCGCGUUUCUGGACGAGACCAGUGAGGACUACCGAACAUCUGCGUAUGCUAGCUUGCGGGAGGACCCUGGGCUUCACCAACUUGUCCCUUAUUUUGUGCAAUUCAUCUCGGAGAAGGUUACCCACAGUCUCAAAGAUGUUUUUGUGCUUACUCAAGUGAUGCACAUGGCUGAAGCUCUCGUGCAAAACCGCUCGCUCUAUAUCGACCCAUACAUUGCGUCUCUCGUGCCCUCUAUCCUAACCUGCCUUAUUGGCCGUCAAUUGGGUGGAGCACCUGAUUUGGCGGAGCAAUUCGCUCUUCGUGACCUGGCUGCCUCCCUCCUUGGCCUUGUCGCCAAGAAGUACUCGCACUCCUCCCAUAUGCUCAAACCACGCCUUGUCCGGUCGUGUUUGAAGACUUUCCUGGACCCUUCGAAGCCAUUCGGGGCUCACUAUGGUGCUGUCAUUGGAAUGCAGACCGUCGGAGGUCCCGAAGUGGUGCGCGUGUUACUGAUUCCCAACCUGAGCGAAUACUCCAAGCUGCUCAGCGAUGGAAUUGAGGAUUCCGUCCGUCGGCCUGCCGCUGAGCGCGUUCUGAACGCUAUUACCGCCGUCUUGGCUUCUCUCCAGAAAGCGCAGGGUUCGCUCACCAAUGGCCACCCAGCUGCCGUCAACGACGACCUUCGCUCGCGCCUCUCGGAGAAGAUCGGCGAGUUAAUCGCGGGGCGGAUUGCCGACGCGAAUGAAGCCUAA